AUGUCGAGUAAGUGUAUGGAUGACAGUUUAGAAGAAGGUGGCAGGCUCCAACAGCAUUAUUGUAUAACGCUGGGUGUGGGGCCUCUGUGGUGGUCCGAUGUGCCCCAUGCCGCAUUGUCUGUAUCCACAGUCAACACAGAGAGCCGCGGCGUGGGGAUCAAGCAGAGUCAGCUCUCUGUGAGCUCCCACAUUGUUCAAGAGGAUGAAUUGUUGAAAGCAGUGAGAAAUAGCGAAUCGUUACGCUUAACCUUCACACUUCACUUGACAGAAAGCACUUCCGUUGAGUGGGAAACAGUGGUAUGGCGCCAUUGUCUUUACAUUCGCGUACCAAGCUGUCUCCUUCCCGAAGGUUCGAAAGAGGGCUUUGUUUCUCUCUUAGAAUACGCGGAAGAAACACUACGAUGCACCAACAUCAUUGUUUGUCUACGUAAAGACAGGGCAGAUCGAGCAAUGCUGGUUCGUACCUUCAUGUUUUUGGGUUUCACUGUUCUGCCGCCCACUCAUGCCUUGGUACCACCGGGUAGUGACGCUGGCAAUCUCUACAUGCUGUAUACCAUCGAAUAAUCGACCAGCAAUCUCGAUUUCUCUUUCAAAUUUAACACGCAGGUAUAGUUCUGUCAGAAGUUGCUUUCGUGUUAAGUUUGAGAGAGAUGUCCUUACACGUAUCCCAAAUGGGUAUACGUCGGGUGUGGCAGAGGUGUGAAGGCAACGUAUAAGAGUAAAUUGAAACUAAUAGUCGGGAAUACGUAGAACGCGUAAAUAACAGGCUUUCGAUCACGGUAUUAUCGAAAAUACCGAUUCAUUCUCUUAAGUACAAUGUUAACAUCUCUCUUGAGAGCACGUAAACCGCUGAUAAAGCUUUCCCACGUGCAACAAUUUGACGGUAUCGGAUGUUUAAACAUUUAUAGAAGACAACGAGCCGUCAAAUUAUAGAAGAAAUUUAUUACCGACAAAUCUCAAUGUUAAUUGUGAUCAAUAUGUAUAUCACCGAGUUUUAUUUUGUAUUAUCGUAUAUUUUCUUAUUAUUUAUAAGUAUUAUUAUCAAUAUUAAUUAUAUAUAUGUGUGUAUGUGUGUGUAUGUAUGUAUGUAUGUAUAUACACAUACACAUAUAUAUGUAUCGAUAUAUAUGCGUAGCGACACUAGUGUCAAAUUUUUUUUAAAAACAAUAGUUCACAUAUCUUCUUUUAUAAAUUUGAAAUUAAUUGUUCUUGUAUCGAAAUUUGCAUUUUUUAAGAAAAACAUUCGCGAAAAAUUUAUAACUACGGAAUCCAAUGAUGGGAAACAGAAUCAUUCGCAAACGAUAUUUUCGUAUGUCCAUCUAAUAUGUUGUAUCUUUAAGGAGAUACACAGUAUUAGUUAGUAUUUUUAUUAUUAAGUUACAUUUUCAAAUAUUUCUGGAUUCAAAGACGAAGCUAUUUGUUUAAUCUUGAUCAAUAACCAAUUUUUCUACACUGAUUUCUUUAUCACACUAGCGUCGAUCGUUAUAACCACUAUUACGUAGAUGUUUAUUUAUUAUACUUAGGUUUAAGUGAUUAUAGCGAAGAUGAUAAAUAUAACGAUGAUAUUUCUGGGUAAUGUUUGAUCAAUUAACAUUGCAGAGUUUUUGCUAAUAAAUAUGUUCUUUAGUGUUGACUCGAUAACAGACGAUAUUAAAUCAUUACAAAAUGACAAAAAAAAGUUUAAAAUAUCAUAAAAACUUGAAAAAAAAAAUUGAACAAAAAAGUGUUAAUAGCUUAUAUUAGAAAUACAGUUAAGUACAGAGUGACGGACUAUUAUAUGUUAACGCAGAUAGUUUUAAAUUUGCCUCAAUUUUUCCAAUUGAAGGAUAAUUCGGUGCGUUUUAUUCUGUCGGUUAGUAUUAUGAAAUAUAUUCGUACACUUGACCACGUAAAAGUACAUGUAUGCUACAUUUAUUAUUCGUACAAGAAACGUACGUGCUAAAUAAAAGUUAAGAAAAUAAAA